CCAGAAUGCCAGAGACACCUACCACCGGAUGGAUAAGGACGUGAUUAAACACGACAAAACCACCCUCAUCAAACUGGCGGGCAAUUUUAACCGAAGUGUAAAUAAAGUGCGAAUAUUAUCCGACAAUGCAUCCAAGUAUAGAGAACUGUUAACGGCCGAUAUAAGUAGCAUGAAUGCCUCUCUUAGAGACCUGAACGACUCUGUCAUGUUUACAGCCCAGCUUUUCAAUCAGUUCAGUCAUCUGUCCUUCUAUCAUUUUGACAGAAGUAUCAAAGCUACAAUAAAGGAUAUUUCUGAAAGCUACUCCUACGAUACAAUCAGUGCGUCGUCUUCUGUGGCUGAGGCAAACAGCACCUUGAACAACAUCAUCGAGAAACUGGAAACGCUGAUAGUAACCAAGCAUUACUCAACUCAUACGUCCACCCCACUCAUCCCCGAAAUUACCAAGGGCAUUCAGAUUUUCCGAGAGCAGAUUGUUAGUGGUUAUGGUCAGAAAUAUAAGGAAUUUCGUGAGUCACGUGACAAGUACAAUAAAACCACAGAAUCCAUACUGAAGAUUUCCGCACAUUUGAAAGGCAUACUUACACAGGAGUAUAAGGCCCUGAAAAAUGUCACCCACGGCAGACAUACUGGUACUGAAAGAUAUUCUGAAGCACUGGCACAGUUUUACCGCACUAUUCAGUUGGUGGAAGGGGAUGUCAUGCAAGAAAUGGACAGAGAACUGACCGAACUUCAAGAAGCUUACACAAAAGAUAGACAAAAGGUUUUGGCAUUUGCCAGAACACUUGUGACUGUUGAUGAACAGUUUCAAACCGAGGCCAGAACAAUCGAAACGUCUUCGAAACAGCUUUGGAACUCACUGGAAUCUCUCCAGAUUGAACUGAAUACUCUUCAGGGGGAGUUUUCUAAAGUUAAAAAAGAAUACACGGAAGGGAAGUUAAACAAGAGUAAAUUAGCCCAAAGGCUUGGGUUGCCCAUACUGGUGGAUUCACGGAGAGCUGCUGAGGACCUUACCAUGAAAGUCAAGCAGCUCAUGGACGAUAUUGCUCGCGCCGGAACUGCCAUGUGGAAUCUCAUUGAACCAAUUAAAUUUCGAUUUAGCGAUUUCCGGUUGUCACAAAAGAUCCUUAAAUCGCUUGAGACGCCAUCUUUAGCUCAGGACACGGACGCAGUGACAAAUGAUAUUCGGAAGUCUCUCAAUCACGUGGCCGAGUACGAGACGGAACUGGAGGAUUAUGUUGAAAGUACAAAGAUUAACGGAAAAUUUUAUCUAAACAACUUUUUACAACUGGAUAUAUACUUCGCCGAGCUGACAGAGACUACGAUAACACAGCAGACUUCAUACGGACUAUUUGACUUAGCCUGUGACAUUGGUGGAUCUUUGGCUCUCUACCUAGGCAUCAGCGUUAUUGCUUUCUUCGAGGCUCUGGAUUUUGCUGGUCAAUUAAUUAAUAUCGUGUUCUUCAAAGGGAAGUUAAAGAGGUUCGAACAGCCUGGAGAGUCGACGUGCUGACUAGAGGAAGUGACGCCAGCUAUGAACGUUUACGUGGACAUGGCUGAACGAGAUCUCGCGUUAACCCCUGUGGGAUGAUGAAGCCCGUGUCGGUGCUGUUCUGUAUGAUAAUAGGUUGAUUGUGCGCAUGAUGUUCUGUUUUAAACUGUAGGGUUUUAGAUGGAGACUGGAGACUGAUUGUAUGGCUCCAAUAUUACAACAUUGACAGAGGAAGCAAUCAAGAGGCUUUACUUGACUUCUUGUGGCCAUGGAGUUUUCAUAUCACAAACAAGCUUUUUUCAUACUUAUUCACUCCAUGUUGAUGAAUUGUUUGUGGAGAAAGAACAAACAUAAGGAUAGAAACAAAAGUGCUAUAACUGUUCUGAACAGUAUUUGUGGGCCGGGAUGACCUUCAGGAAAGAAAGGUUGUUCAGUUGCCCUAAAACUGUUGGAUGAAUGGAGUUUCCUGCUUUCUUGUAUCUGGUGUCUGAGAACGGUGGGGAACGCUCAGCUUGGUUUCUGAUUGAUGUUGACGUGAACAGGCGUGGCAAUACAGCACAUCAAACACCUGACACCUCAGCUGCUCUUCCAGAGCACGUGGCCUCAGGGCAACCAAAAACGUCACCGGGAAAAACCAGGAUUAAUUGAAAUCUCGCGGAAAAUCUCGUGCUUGAUCACCCCAUGCUGUGCUCUCGGGUAGGGACGCGUGAAGUGAACUGACGGCUGAUUCAAGCGAGGGGAGAGACUCUCCUGUUUAACCGCCUCGGGAUGGAAUUGCGCAGCAACAUGUCAUGGUACACAGAUACAGCGGCCAGAGUCUACAAUAUUAUCUAACACUAUCGAAAUAAAGUCGUGCCAUUUCUCUUUGGAACGUUAGAGAGGACUAGUGACAGAUUCACAUUUUGCGGAUUUAGCCGACGGAUUCGUACAGUUGUAUAUUGGUACACAUUAUGCUCUCUUUAUUGCAUUACAAUGACAUGUAAUGUGCUGAGCAUUAUCAUGACAGUCCCUUCAUGGAUUACAUCGUACGAUUACAUAUAUGGUGUACAUAUACUGCUGUUAAUGAAGGAUCUAUUGUGCGAAAAUAGACAUUUCUCAUUCAAAUGACUCAUAAAUUUGAGCGUAACAUUUCAGCCUGUCAACAAUGUUAAAAUGCUGGACUAACAGCAGGCUAUCAUACACCAUUCAGUGAAAAAUGUAAAUCUACAAAUUAUUGCUUGUUUUUUAAACCGAAACAUAUUGCCCCAUUCUACUUGGUUAUUUACCAUCAUUGUUUAUCACAAAGUGUCAUUUGUGUUACAACUACAGC